CGAGGGACGUUUGAAACUGAUUUCACUCGGUCAGUGUUUGGAGGAAGUGGGCUAGCUAGACAGCGCUGAAGUUAAAUCCGAAUAUAUUUAUAAUCUAUAAUCUGACCCAUAUAAAUCACCGUUUUGCAUUGGUACAACAACUGCGGUUAAAACCCAUUUUGCGGUAACGUUACGUUCAGUAUUUAUGUAGUCGCAAACUCGUUUUCGGGCCGACGUAGCUGCUAGCUAACGCUAACGUUAGAUUCGAUUCUGGAUUAAACAUCGGCCUGUUUCUCCUGGUCAUUUGUGCAACACGACAUUUAGAAUAUGGACCCCUCUGGCAGGCUGAGGCUGACUAAGGACACGACGCUUCAGAGACCUGAAGUCAAGUCGAUCGCCGACGGGCCGAAGCGGAUCCCCGUGUCGCGUCAGUCACAGACUCCCGCGGGCACGCCGGCUGCGAACCAGCGUGUCCUCGGUGUGUCAAACGGACCUCAGCGCGUUCAGCGGCCCGCGACGCACCACAAGCCGACGUCCCACGUCUCCGCCGUGGUCAAGUCCGCGCACACGGCGGAUCAGAACGUGAACCCCGCCGCUCCGAAUGGACACCGCGCGCAGCAGCCCAAACGCGUGUCCCAACAACAGGUCCAGCCGAAGACGAGCGUGGCCGCGGUGGUCCCGGAGCCGGCCAAAGCGCCAUCGGAGCCGGCCAAAGCGCCAUCGGAACCGGCCAAAGCGCCAUCGGAACCGGCGACCCUGGACAAGCCACAGAGCAAAGCAACCGGUACCUCUGCGUCAAACAAGCGGUGGAGCCUGGAGAAUUUCGACAUUGGCCGUCCCCUGGGAAAGGGUAAAUUUGGGAAUGUCUACCUGGCCAGAGAGCGACAAAGUAAGUUCAUCUUGGCCCUGAAGGUGCUGUUCAAGAAGCAGCUGGAGAAGGCCGGUGUGGAGCACCAGCUGAGGAGGGAGGUGGAGAUCCAGUCUCACCUCAGGCACCCAAACAUCCUGCGCCUUUAUGGUUACUUCCAUGACUCGUCGCGUGUCUAUCUCAUCCUGGAGUUUGCACCCAAGGGUGAGCUGUACAGUGAGCUGCAGCGAUGCAGGUUUUUUCCAGAGAUCAGAAGUGCCACAUACAUAAUGGAGCUGGCCGAUGCCCUCAACUAUUGCCACGCCAAGAAGGUGAUCCACAGGGACAUAAAACCUGAGAACCUGUUACUCGGGGCCAACGGAGAGCUCAAGAUCGCAGACUUUGGCUGGUCGGUCCACACUCCCUCCUCCAGGAGAUCCACGCUGUGCGGCACGCUGGACUACUUGCCCCCGGAGAUGAUUGAGGGAAAAACUCACGAUGAGAAGGUGGAUCUGUGGAGUCUUGGCGUCCUUUGCUACGAGUUCCUGGUGGGGAAGCCUCCCUUUGAAACAAAAAGUCACGAGGAGACCUACCGCAAGAUAUCAAGGGUGGAGUACACUUACCCCACACAGCCCAAUAUCAGUGCCGGAGCCAAAGACUUGGUUGCGAGGCUGCUGAAGCACAACCCAAUGCAGAGACUGCCCAUCCAGGGAGUGCUGGCCCACCCCUGGGUGGUCGAGAGCGCCACUAAGAAACCCACAACCCUGACCAGCGACGAGCUCAGCCAGUGAGCCUCCAGACUAUUGAUAUCACUUUGUGUGUGCGCAGCCAUCUUGAGCCACUUGUUUUCCUUUUCUAUUUUUUUUCUCCCUUUGUUUAUUAUACUUUCCUUAAAUGGCAUCCACUUGUCUGUAAAUAUUCUGCUGUAUUUUGUGAAAUUAUGAAAAUUGUAAUUUUUCUAAAAUUCCAUAACUUGAAAUAAAAGAUGUAUCUUUUGUGGAAUGGGACACUUUUAAAUUGUACUGUCUUAAAGUGAAACAAUGUUCAUCUUCUGUGCAAUUCAAGCUUUUGUCUUAAGUAUUUUGCACAAUGUCUUCAUUGUAUCAGCCCGCCCCCAUCGGCACGUGGCCGGCAGAGGGCGCCAGUACACCACUAGAGUUCAACUGGGGAUUGUAACAGUUGUUAGGCAGUAUUGUCUGCUGACAAAGUUAAUAAACACGUUUCAUAUUUAAUGUCUGCUACAAUAAAUAGUUUUAUGUACAGUUCAUUUCUUAUUUGUAUGAAAAGAUUAGUCAAAUUAAACUAAUUAUAUAAAACAUUUAUAAAGUUCCCGUGUUGAAAAGUAAUUGUAAAAAUGCAGGGCACAAAGCUGUUGCCUUGGUAACCAGUUCAAUGUGAAAAUAAAUGUAGGUAAAACGCUGGAUCAAAACUACGACAAUCUCCUCACAAACGGCACUAGGUGGCUCUCGUGCCACAAUGUUUGGUGACGUAAAUGUGUAGUGCCUGUCAAUUGAGAAUUUUAGUUUGCGCUUUGAUUUGUCAAGCUACUUUCUUCUGUGGGUUCAAAGAUAUAAUUUGAGUGAAACUUGCUUUUU